AUGAUCAUCUGCAAGCCAGACUGGAUUACUCACACCGAAAAUACAAAGAGUGUGAGGUCCAAAAGGCAGGCCAUUUACUCCAUCCAUGCUCAUCCAGACGGCAAACGACUUGCUACAGGCGGCAUGGAUAUGAAGAUUAGAAUAUGGAAUACUGAACCAAUACUGAAUGAAAAGGCUGAGGUUGACCCUCAAUGUCAUAAGCUUCUCAGUACACUGACCCUGCAUAGUGGUGCUGUUCUAUGUGUACGUUGGUCAAAUAGUGGGAAAUACCUGGCAUCUGGCUCAGAUACAGAUAACACGAUCAUCAUUUGGGAAUUGGAUGAGCAACCAACCACUCUUACACCCUUUGGUACUCAUGACGUUAAUCGUGAAACAUGGAGAGCUGCCCAUUAUCUACGAAACCACAAAUCUGAUGUCCAGGACUUGGCAUGGUCCAAAGACGACAAGUAUCUGGCGUCAUGUGGCGUGGACGGCUUGGUGAUUGUUUGGGAUGGAAAGACACUAGGUCAAGUCCAUGUAAUUGAUCAACACAACGGAAUCGUCAAAGGCGUUGCAUGGGAUCCAGCAGGUCAAUAUCUUGCAUCCCAGGCAGACGACAAGUCAACCAAAAUUUGGCGAACAAAGGACUGGGGUCUUGAGAAAGAAAUAGUCAAUCCUUUUAUAAAUGCACCAGAAAUCACAUUAUUCCGUCGCAUAAGCUGGUCUCCCGUAGGAUCUCACUUGGUAACAGCCAAUGCAGUAAACGGUCCUGGAUGUGUCGCAUCUAUUGUCGAUCGAGGUGACUGGGAACCAAAAAUGUCUUUGUUUGGUCAUGAAACUCCCGUUGUAGUCUCGAAAUUCAACCCCAAUAUAUUUUAUUCACAAAGUUCAACCUCUCAAAAUUCACUUGUUGCCUUGUGUGCCACAGGCAGUCAUGAUGGUAGCUUGUCUGUUUGGUCUACAGAGCACUCGGUACCAAUUUGUGUGGUCGAAGAAUUCUUUAGUAUGAGUGUUUAUGACUUGACAUGGUCUCCUGAUGGACAAACACUCUAUGCAUGUUCAGAGGAUGGCACAGUGGGAUUCGUGAGACUUGUGGGAUACAUGCCACCCACAGCACCAGAAUCAGAAAUUAAAAAUGCGUUAGUAAAACUGGGCUAUGGACAGCCUUCGAUGAUAUUAGCCGAAUCUCCACUACAGCUUGAUAUGGAAGAGAAUAACGCAAUUGCAACCAAGAUAGCAUCUUCAAAGCGGAUAGCAGGAAUAAUGGGAGAUGUCACUCCAAGAAAGUCAGUCGAAGAACCACAAAAACCCUUUUCAACCUCUUUGGAGCCAACAUUAUCAUCAGGGACCAUCAAAUCUUCGUCUAGUUCAGUAACUACACCAUUCCAUCAGAUAGAGGUAGUAAAGGAUGGCAAACGCCGAAUACAGCCAUUCCAGGUGUCCUCGAAUGCCUCCCAUAAUCCAGGCUUCAAUUUACUUGCCGAGAAAACCAAUAACCAAAACAAGAAAGCUAGGAUGGAAAUCCAUCCACCCAACACUCCCCCUCCAACCCGUCAAGGCAUCAGUGUUGAUUAUACAGAUCCUUCUGUAUAUAUUCCCAUACAUGGCCUUGGUACUCUGCUUACAGACAAUAGAAAGUCUUCUGCAGCAGAUUCUUCUGGAGAUAUUCCAUCCGUUGUCAGAACUAGACCGCAAUGGUCAGACGUGGCAUCUAUCCCACACGCCGUGCUUGAGAGCAGAGUGAAACUGGCCACCCCCACAGUUCGUUCCAGAAUCUUACAAAAUUUUGGCACCGAAGGACAUGUGAGAGUAAUGGAAGUCCAGAACAAUUUGCACCAAGGGAAACACAAGGAACUUUCAAGGAUUACCGUCAGUGCAGAUGGAGUGGCUAUUUGGGAAGAUUGUUUACCGAGUCCAGUACUAUUGAUGACAGGAAAUCACAAAUAUUCUGCAGUUGGAUGUGAAAAUCGUACUAUACAUAUAUACUCUCCUUCUGGAAUAAGGGAUGUACCGAAAAGAAAGAGGCACAUAGAUUCUGUCUCAAUUGCACCUAUAUUGGGAGAGUGUCAAUCACCAUCAGAUAAGACGUUGGCACCCAGAAUUAAAAAUGUACGGAUUCGCAAGAAUGGUGUGGUGCUCUUGAUCACUGACCAGCACCAAGCAUUUACGUACGACAUUGUGGGGAGAGAUUGGGUGUGUAUCAGUGAUGCCUGGUACACAGACUCAGAUUUUUGGAACCCUACCUCGCGUUCUUCUACUUCUCCUGAAAAAUACCCUCUGGGAUGGCUAACAGCAUCAAUUGCAGCACAACAAUCAUCAGACUCUACACUAGACAUUGAUGCAGCUGUUAUAAAUGAAGACCUUAGAGAUACUAUGACUCUGAGUCACAUCGAGAUACAAUUGGAAGUUGCAGUUCUAUUGGAUUCGCCAGAAGAAUACAACCAGUGGCUGAUAUACUAUGCAAAACGACUUACAAAAACAAAUGCCAAGAAAAAGAUUGAAGAGUUGCUUGGCCGGUUGGCUGGCCCACCUUUUAUUCCUGAAAACGAGGCAUGGGAGCCAAAUGUAUUAGACACACUGUCCAAAAAGGAUUUGCUAAAACAAAUCCUACCAAUAUUUGGCAAUUACAACGAACUGUACAAGAAUAUAGGGAAUGUACUUAAGCUCGGAGAGUCCUUCCUCUGA